UCGAGGAUUCGACUAUAAUAUUCACUUUCAGUACAAACUCCCAGUGCCAAACGAAACCACUGCCAUCAACAUUACCACCAGAUGAUUUGGAUCAACACAACACAAUCCCAAGAAGUAUUGUGAGAGAACAACAGAGACAAGCCUCGAUUCAGAAAUGGACUCCCAUUGGGCUCAGAUGGAUGGAUCUCCUGACGCUGGGCCCUCAUCCGGGACAGACAAUCCGCUCUCAGCAACCACCUCUUUCUUGACCGCCAGCCACGUCCUGGUCGCUCUACUGGUAACGAUUGUUAUCGUUCUGAACAUCAUCUUCUUCCGCCUCGUCAGCGUUCUCUCGCGCCCAGCACCUUCUUCGCGACCACAGCCAUCCCCAUCGAAUCCCACACACAUCCUCAUCGUUCUCGGCUCAGGCGGCCACACGGCCGAGAUGCUCAACAUCCUCUCCCAAGCGCCCUGCCUCCAGCUCGACUUUACGUAUCGCACCUAUGUCGUGUCAUCGGGUGACGCCUUUUCGGCCUUGAAAGCACACGAGUUUGAAAAAUCGCUCCUUGCCGAUCUCUCGUCCACCCCUGGAAUCACCAUCCCCGACGACACAUCGACGAACUACGACGUCGUCACGGUCCCCCGAGCGAGGCGGGUCCAUCAAAGUAUCCUCACGGCACCCUGGACGAGCCUGAAGUGUCUGUUGGAUUGCAUCGAUGUCUUAAAGGGCAGGCACCGAGACUUGAAAACUCCAAGUGGGCGGCAGCGUGGAUACCCCGACCUGAUCAUGACCAACGGCCCAGGCACGGGCGUCAUUGUCGUGAUUGCCUCCGUCAUUCUGUUGUUCUUUGGGUGUUCUGGUCCUCGGCAACGCCAAGGUGAAGGCGAAAAGGGCCCGCACCAAGCAAACUCCUUUGCGCACGGCGGCCAGAUGAGGACCAUCUUCAUUGAAAGCUUCGCCAGAGUCAAGACGUUGAGUUUGAGUGGACGAUUGCUGAAACCCUUGGUCCACCGAUUCAUAGUGCAGUGGCCGGAUCUGGCGAAAUCGCAAAAUAACAAUGCCGAAUACAUCGGUCCAUUGGUUACGUAGCACAAAAGAUCAAGCACGCAGCUCCCGGACAGGAGGUCUAGUAAAAAGAAAAUACAUGCAUGAUACAAUGAGUCCACCGAAAUUGUUUUGUUGCGACAGAAUAGAAACUAAACAGAGCU